GACUUUUUUGUUUGUGAUCGGGGAAGUUAGGAAAUUAAAUAUGUGUUUUCAAACAAUUUGUGUGAUGAUUUUAGGUUUGCGAUGGACAGUUCUGAAGCAGAGCUAGAUAGAAUUGAGGCACAAAGGUCAACGGAUGCGUCUCAUGAUCAACGGAAAGGAACAUACUUACCCAUGAACAUACAUGGUUCACAAGAUUUCUCUCAAAGCGGAGGAGAUGGCGCCACGUCACCUACGGGAGACACCGAAUCUAUGCCAGAGUUCCUAACUAACCUCAGAUUGUCGGAUCUUUUCGCUAUUCGUGGUAAAGAUUUCCCGAUGCCUCCAUGGAUUUUUAGUAAAAUAAGUGAUGGGAACAAACAAUGUCUGGAGAAGUUGAAAAGCCACAGAAAUUUAAUGGCACGUCUCAAGAGCAAUACAGGAGAUUCAAUUCUUCAUCUUGCUGUUACAUGGGGUCAUCUAGAACUAGUGAAGGAGAUUGCCUGUGAAUGUCCGUGCCUUCUAUUGGAGCCAAACUCGAGCGGUCAGACACCGCUUCAUGUGGCGGCUCAUGGCGGUCAUACCGCUAUUGUUGAGGCUUUUGUUGCAUUGGUAACAUUUGCCUCAUCUAGAUUGUGUAAUGAAGAGAGUGAGAGAGUGAAUCCAUAUGUUCUCAAGGACGAGGAUGGAAAUACUGCUCUGCACUUGGCCAUUAAAGGACUCUAUUUGGAGAUCGCUAGAUGUCUGGUGAACGCGAACCAGGAUGCUCCUUUUCUUGGAAAUAACAAGGGAAUAUCUUCCUUGUAUAUGGCAGUAGAAGCUAGAAUGGUAACCCUUGUGGAAGCAAUUUUGAAAACUAAAGACGAUGACGAUGAGGACCUUGAAGGGAAGAAGUCUAACUUAGAGUCGAAGAUACAAGGGUACAAAUUUCUUGUACAUGUUGCUUUGCAGGCCAAGAGUAUAGGUGUACUUGAUGUAAUUCUUAAUGAGUGCCCAACUCUUGUGAAUGAGCGAGAUAAAAAAGGAAGGACUUGUCUUUCAUAUGCAGCAUCCAUAGGGUAUUAUGAAGGAGUAUGCAACCUCUUAGACCGAUCAACAAAGAGUGUUUAUGUCUGCGACCAAGAUGGUUCAUUUCCAAUUCAUACGGCUGCAGAGGAAGGUCAUAAAGAAAUUGUGUUUGAGUUUAUAAAACGUUAUCCAGAUUCAAAAUACCUGCUUAACAAACUUGGUCAGAACGUUCUCCACGUCGCAGCAAAAAAUGGGAGAUGGUCUACUUCAUAUUUGUUGAUGAGUAAUAAAAAGACAGAACAUCUGGGUGUUGGGCAAGAUGUGGACGGGAAUACACCUUUGCACCUUGCCGUCAUGAACUGGCACUUUGAGUCCAUUGAUUGUCUUGCUAGCAGUAGCAAGAUACUGAAAGUACGAAAUAAAAGCGGCUUAAGAGCUAGGGAUAUUGCCGAGUUAGAGGUGAAACCUAACUACAUUUUUCAUGAGAGGUGGACACUGGCGCUCUUAUUAUACGCUAUUCACUCAAAUGGUUUCGAAUAUGUACACUCAUUAACAAGACCGGCAGAGCCACUAGAUCCUAAGAAUAACAGAGAUUACGUCAACACUCUUCUACUGGUAGCGGCUCUUGUAGCCACGAUGACGUUUGCUGCAGGUUUUACAAUACCAGGUGGGUUUAACAGCUCUGCUCCACACUUGGGCAGGGCAACUUUGGCCACUAACCCAACUCUCUUCAUUUUUCUGCUACUUGACAUCUUGGCAAUGCAAAGUUCCGUUGCAACAAUAGGUACUCUUAUUUGGGCGCAGUUGGGAGACCCAUCACUCAUUCGCUCAUCCCUACAUGUGGCCUUGCCCUUACUGCUUUUUGCUCUACUAUGCAUGCCCUUGGCAUUCCUUUUUGGCUUGAUCACUGCAGUUGGGCAUGUGAAAUGGCUUUUAGCCAUCAUUUGUAUUAUAUCUCUUUUAUUCUUCUUUUGGGCGAUCUUUGUCCUUGGUCCUCACGUCAUUCUACAGCGGCCAUACGUUUCUCCCAAUAAUGCUGGUUUCUUUCUCGUAACUUUUAUGCAGUAUAAAACCAUCUUUGAGCUUAUUGCGAAGUUGAUAAGGAUAAUAUUUUGUGGUUGUUACUAAGAGUUAAGGCAUAUUUUGUAUGAAAUUAUGA